AUGAACCAUACAAUGCUGGGUAAAUCCGAUCUCGAGUCCGAAACGUCAGAUCGCGAGACCCACCCCGAUCUACAUUAUCAGAUGUCGGAAGAGCAGCCGCUCCUGAGGUCCGUGUCCGACCAAGGAACCGCUGGCCAUGUCGAGCCGAAGCAUGGGCAGAUCAUCAUGUUUUGCACUUUGUUUUUGUUGUUCAUAUGCUGUGCACUCGACGCCCUAGUCUCAAUCAAUAUCACGCAGAUAUCGCGCGAGCUUGGUUUAAGCCCUGGAGUUGAGCUUUGGCCAGUCUCGUUGCAUUUUCUGGCUCAGGGCUGCACUCUCUUGCCGGUGGGGGUUUUGACGAGCGCCCUGGGCAGCAGGAGAGUGUUUUUAUACGGAUUUACCCUUCAGACCUUGUGUCAUCUCACUACUGGUGUUUCCCAAUCCGGUGUGCAAAUCAUCACUUCCAGAGUCCUGGGUGGCAUCGCUUAUUCUAUGUGUUUCGUCUCGGUCAUCAACAUUCACGAAAAGUCCCUCCCAGCCGGAAAAUUACACGACCUGGCUCCUUCCUAUACACAGAGGAGUCGGUUCCUGGGCACCGCGAUAGGCUUGUUUUUGGGCGGAAUCCUCCCAGUAGGUUGUGGCUGGCGAUGGGGGUUCUGUGGGGCUGCUGUCCUAGGAUGGGCCAUACUGCUGUUAUCUGUUUGGGCAAUUCCCAGACCAGCCGAGUCAAAAAACGUAUCCUGGGCUACAUUCGCUGAAGAUAUUGAUUGGGCUGGAGGUCUGUUAGGGACCUUGGUGAUGGCCCUUGUAUUCUAUGCAUUGGAUGUCAUCACAAACAAUGCCGCUAAUCUCAGCAAAUCCUGGCUGUUCAUCCCUCUGGCUCUCGGCUGGGUCCUUCUAGUUGCAUUUCUAUUCUGGCAAGACUGCUGGGAGAGAGAUAGCACGCAAGGUGUGCAGAAUUCACUCUGGACAAACAGCCGGUUCCUCGCGAUUGGUUUGGUGAUAUUCUUUAUCCACGCCGCAUCGCAUUCGACCUCACAAUUUAUGGUUCUUGUAUUCCAGCGGGCGCAAGGUCUUUCAAUCCGCCAAUCCUCGUGGCAAAUGUUACCCGUUCCAGCCAUGGGCGCGCUGGGUAACAUCUUUGUGAAGAGGAUCUUGCCUCGUACCCAGGUGAACAAAGUCCUGAUCGUAACAAUUCUGAUUUCGAGUCUCGCUCCGCUAUUGAUGGCUAUUCUGCAUGCUGACUGGGCCUAUUGGAAGUGCGCCAUUUACGCUGUUUCACUCAACUCGAUUGCAGCAAGCUCGGUGAUUUCGAUUGCUGCGAAGGUGGUAUCAGAAAGCUUCGUUUACGAGAUACAGGGUUUUGCGAUGGGAGUACUGUGCACUAUCGCUAUGAUAGGGGCAUCUGUUGGCAUGGCACUUGCUGCGCUGGUCUCAAAUGACGUGACAGCAAGUGGGACUCAGACCCCCAGUGGGAAUCCUGCUCUCGACGGAUCCUCGGGGGCUUGGAUAGCUGGAUAUCGUGUUGCAUUUGGUUUCCUACUCUCGCUGAACUUGGUCGGUCUCGUUAUUACUGUGACCUGUCUGCGAAAGACAGGAUACCUUGGACACACAUCAAACUCCGUCCAUUAA